AUGGAUUGGAUCGAGGAGGAGACCUGUCUACGUUUCGUUAAGCGGGCUCACCAGAAAGACUAUGUACGCCUUGUAUCCAAAGAAGGGUGCUACUCGUACAUAGGCCGCAAUGGCGCUGAGCAACCGUUGUCCUUGGGAAGGGGCUGCCACUUCGUUGGCACAGUGACGCACGAGUUGCUGCACGCGGUGGGCUUCUUCCACGAGCACUCACGUCCCGACAGGGACAACUACAUCACCAUCUUCCCAGAAAAUAUUAUGAAGGGGUUCCUGUCAAGCUUCGACAAGGUGGAGCCUAGUGAGAUCCGCUACCUGACACGAUUCGACUACCAGUCGGUGAUGCUGUAUGGCUCGGACGCAUUUUCCCGUGGCGGCGGUCUCCCUUCCAUGCUGACAAAGGACGGCAGAAAGCUCAGGGAUGUCUACGAAAAAACGGGGCUAAGCUACUUUGAUAUUAUUCGCAUCAAUGCUCUGUACAAUUGUACGCAGACAUAA